AUGUCUGCAUCCGAACUUCUACGUCAAUCGAUGCAAAAUUUGAGGGUGAGUCCGCUUUAUGUUGCCCAAACUAUCAACUCUACCGCCCCUCGUACCAUUCAAGUUCACGUCUCCCCACGAAAAUUCAAGUUGUCCUACCCAGCCCUACAACAUUAUAAACAAAAUUUCGGCUUCUGGCUCAGCGACCAAUGGCUCAUCGAACUUGGAAAACACACACACCUUCCUGAGGAUCGUUUUGACCCUCCACUUGACGAAGAUUUCUGGAUGAGAGGUGUCGCGUACAUUUGUGAAACUGUCGGCCUUGAAGGUCUGACCGUUGAACACUGCUUUCAGCCAAAGACGAACGGCGCACCUCCUCAGUUCCUGGAUGUCGAUGGAGAGGUGCUUGUCUUAUCUGUGUGCGAUGAUGUCGAGGACGACAUCCCUUCGCAGCAACAGGUAGAUUAUUUGACGAAUCUUCUCGGUAGACUGCCGCAGUGGUGGGUCAAUAUCUAUCCGCGUAAUGAUUGGGAAUGA